CGUGCGCGCCGCUCCCGAACCUCCAACUCUGACAAAUGAAAACUCGAUGCAUAUACUGCCAAUUAUUCGAAUUUUUUAUUUGACGAAGAUUUUUUGAAACACAAAAUAUAAGUAGUAUUGAGGGUGUCAAGGCGCCGGGGCGCUAUUAAUGCCGGAUAUGCCGGACGUGGUGCACUUAUUGGUAGUGCCGGACGAGGCGAGGAGGACGACACGCUUCAGGAGCAAGUAUCGGGUCGCGAUCGUUGUUAGGACUAUGGCUUUCUUCCUUAUACCAUUACUUUAUCUUUUACUCGACGGAAGAACCACCCCGCAGGGACGACGCAUCUAUACUAAAACAGCAGAGCGUGUCGAGGAGGAGUGGGCGACCCGACGUCUUUUGGCAGCGGCAGGCCGGAGCGAAGGGGAAUCCGCGUCGCGGCGUCCGCUGGCGCUAGUGGCGAGCCGCGCCUCGAGCGUUAACUGUACGCCGGCUGCCAUCCUAGAAUUUCCCUCAGAUGGACUUUCUCGCAUGCAAAGGAAGUCUGGACUCGUGGUGGUUCACUGCGUGCUGGCCGUGUACUGCUGCGUGCUGCUGGCCGCUGUGUGCGAGGACUACUUCGUGCCGGCCAUCGAGAUUCUUUGCGCACGUCUACAGAUGUCCUCGGACGUGGCCGGCGCCACCCUAAUGGCGGCCGCCAGUUCCAGCCCAGAGCUGUUCAUCAGCUGCGUGGGUACAUUCGUGACCAAGGGCGACCUGGGCGUAGGAGCCGUAGUUGGCUCCGCGGUGUUCAACGUGCUUGCCGUGCCCGCCUGCUGUGCACUGCUAGCUUCACGGAUGGUCGAGCUGGACCGGUGGGCAGUGUCGCGCGAUUGCCUCGUGUACGCACUGGCCGUGGUGGCGCUCGUGGUGGCGCUGCGCGACAACGUGGUGUACUGGCACGAGGCCCUUGCACUUGUUCUCAUGUACGCGCUCUACAUACUAGCUAUGGUGUUCAACGGACGUCUCGGUAGACUUGUGCGCGGUGGUUGUGGAUACCUUCGCAAACCCAAGCUUUACAGCGAGAUCACUCCCCUGCUAGUUAAUGGAAAGUGCGGCGAAGGUGAUGAACCGGCCGUCGUGCGCGGCUGCUGCUCACAGUGGGGAAAAUUCAUCGACAAAAGUGUUACCACUGAUUCCGAGUGUGCGCUUUGGGGCCGUAACUCACCGCUGCGGUGGCCGGGCGCUAGGGAGUCAUACGCGCGCUGGGUACUUUGGGCGUGCACAUGGCCCGUGACUGCGAUGCUGUGGGCUACCAUACCCGACUGCAGGCGGCGCCCCGCGCUCUGCCCCCUCGCCUUCGCGGUCUGCGUGCUCUGGAUCGGCGCAGCCUCCUAUCUCCUCGCCUGGAUCAUCACGAUACUCGGCGAUACGCUAGACGUGCCAGACAGCGUGACGGGUCUAACCGUGCUCGCGGCCGGCACCAGCCUGCCUGAAGCCGUCUCAAGCGUGCUCGUUACCAACCGGGGGCACGGCACCAUGGGCAUCAGCAACUCCAUCGGGUCCAACACAUUCGACAUUCUGCUCUGCCUCGGGCUGCCCUGGCUCAUCAAGUCGCUCUACUUCCCCGCGACGCCCGGGAAUUUCUGUAUAAGGAUAAAUUCGGGCGGGCUGUCAUACAGCGCGGCGGCGCUGCUGUCCACACUGGCCCUGCUGUACACCGCGCUGGCCGCCGGUGGCUUCAGACUGCAGCGGAGGACCGGCGUCGUGUGUGCACUCGCCUACAUCGCCUACCUCACCCUGGCGGUAUUGCUCGAGCUCAACGUGCUGGUCGACGUCAACCCGCCUAUCUGCGUGCACUGACCUGCCCUAUUCUAUUGUACAUAGUUGCACAAGUGUACGAGUACGUACAUACAUGGCAAUACAACUUGCGUCAUCAUAGACUAGACUACUACUAGAGAAGCAGCUAUAGAACUUAUAAUUGUAUUGUUAAAUAACCCGAAAUACUUA